AUGCAGGAAAGAAAGAGAAAUGUACGCUUCCGAAUAUCACACCCCAACAAAACCAUGGAGGGUGCAAUAGUAUAAAUUAAAAAAACCAGGUCAUGCUUCCCAUUUGGAUGUGCCGUGAACAAUGUCAUCAUCAACAACAGAAAUUAUCAAAAUUGGUUUGCUUCAAGAUUCAAGUAUACAACAUUCACAAAUGAAAUGAAAUGGUACAGCACAGAAAGUGUACAAGGUCGAGAAAAUUAUGCAGUUGCGGAUGCAAUGGUGAAAUUCGCACAAGCACAUGGUAUUCGUAUUCGAGGCCAUAACAUAUUUUGGGAUGAUCCAAGCCACCAACCAUCAUGGGUUAAAAAUCUUUCUCCUAACCAAUUACGAGUAUCUGCACAGAAAAGAAUAAACUCCGUAGUUUCAAGGUAUAAAGGGAAAUUAAUUGCUUGUAUAAUGAAUCAGAAUUUACACUUCAGGUUUUGUGAGGACAAGCUUGGCAAAGAUACCUCUGCUAUGUAUUUUUCGGUGGCUCAUCAGCUUGAUCCUGGAACAAGGUUGUUUAUGAAUGAGUAUAAUACUAUUGAAGAAAGCGGAGAUCCUGCAAAUUAUAUUAGGAAAUUAAAGGGAAUUUUGUCUAAUCGCGGAAAUAGAGGGAUUUUAGCAGGAAUUGGUGUGGAAGCACAUUUCGGUUCUUAUCAACCAAAUCUUGCUUACCGUAGAGCUUCAUUGGAUACUUUAGCUUCUUUAGGACUUCCUAUAUGGCUCACAGAAGUAGAUGUUGCCAGCAGCCCAAAUCAGGUACGAAUUAUUCCAAGUUUUUUUAAUAAAUAAAUAGAAAUCGUCACUCUUAUCAGUUCUGAAUUAUUGGAUUGGAUGCAGGCGAAGUAUCUGGAUUCUGGAGAAAGUACUAAGGGAAAGCCACUCUCAUCCUGCCGUGAAAGGGAUUAUCAUUUGGCCAGGACCAGCAGUAGCAGGUUUUAGUAAAAUGACAUUGGCAGACAUAAAUUUCAGGAAUACUCCAUCAGGAUAUGUUGUGGAUAAGUUGAUCAGUGGGUGGAAAUUUCAGACAACGGAAAUUAAAGCAGACAGUGAAGGAUCCUUUGAAGUUUCACUUUUUUAUGGAG